UUGAAAAAGAUAAAUAUGAGACAAUUACACAGUUGCAUUUUUUUUUUUAGCACAUUGGGAAAAACUAGAAUACAACAAAGAAACGUUGAAAAAGAUAAAUAUGAUAAAUAUCCUUCAACAGAUUCUACCGUGGAAAAGGAGUUGAGUGUGGACAAGUUAGAGAUCUCAAGAAGAUUGACACUACCGCGCGAAGAAGGGAACCAGAGCAAGAUUUUAGAAAGACUUGAUUCUGAUGCACAGAAGUUGACCAACCUUCAAAUCACCACACAAGAUUUGAUGAAGAAGAUAGAAAUUAAUGAGAAGAACGCAAAGGGAAAAGGUGGUGAGUGUGAUGAGGUGAAAAGGCAGCUUCAAGCAGCUCAGGAUACCAUCACAAAGUUGCUUGAUGUCAACCGCAAGUUGAUGAAGAAUGUGGAAGAGGGUUCCUUGUCUUCUGUUGGGAAGGGUGAAGCAGAGUCAGAUGGAAGUGGAAGUGUCAGCAGAAGUAGAGUUUCAGAACAGGCACGGAGAGAAUCAGAAAAAAUAGGACAACUGCAUUUGGAGGUGCAAAGACUGCAGUUUCUGCUGCUGAAACUGGGUGAUGGAAAAGAAAGCAAAGAAAUAACAAAAGUUGCUGACAGAAAUCCAAGAGUGCUUUUGCGAGAUUAUCUCUAUGGUGGGACAAAAGCCUACAAGAAGAAGAAAAGGCUACCCUUUUGUGCAUGUAUGCGACCUUCCACCAGGGGAGAUUAAUUGUUGCUAUAUAGUUUGAAGUAUGUGAGGCAUUAGCUUUCUUGUUUGUAAAAUUUUCUUUCUAAAGAUGCUUUAAGACCAUACAUAUUUUGAUCAUGGUGUACAUGCUGUGCCUCAU